UGUGUCUCCCCUAGGAAACUCCACUGCACUAGGAACUACAUCCACAUGCACCUGUUUGUGUCAUUCAUCUUGAAGGCAAUCGCGGUGUUUACGAAGGAUGUGGUUCUGUACCAGGUCGGAGAGGUUGACAACUGCUCCCCAGGAUCCGUGGGCUGCAAGGCGGUGAUGGUCUUCUUCCAGUACUGUAUAAUGGCCAGCUUCUUCUGGCUGCUGGUGGAAGGCCUAUAUCUCCGCGCCCUAUUGGCCGUUUCCUUCUUCUCUGAGAGAAAGUACUUCUGGUACUACAUUCUGAUUGGCUGGGGAGGGCCAACCAUCUUCAUCACAGCUUGGGGUGUGGCGAAGGCCUACUAUAAUGACGUGGGGUGCUGGGACAUAAUUGAGAAGACUGAGAUGUUCUGGUGGAUCAUUAAGACACCAAUCCUGGCCUCCAUCCUGAUGAACUUCAUCCUCUUCAUCUGCAUCAUCAGGAUCCUCCGGCAGAAGAUCAACUGUCCAGACAUUGGAAGGAACGAGUCCAACCAGUACUUGAGGCUGGCCAAGUCCACCCUGCUGCUGAUCCCUCUUUUUGGGAUCAACUUCAUCGUGUUUGCCUUCAUCCCAGAGCAGGUGAACACAGAGCAACGGCUGGUCUUCGACCUCAUACUGGGAUCAUUCCAGGGAUUUGCGGUUGCUGUUCUCUACUGCUUCUUAAACGGAGAGGUGCAGUCUGAGAUGAAGAGGAAGUGGAGGUGGUGGAACCUGCAGCACCACAUGGGUUCUGACACCACUAAGCACCAGCACCCCUCUAUGGGGAACAGUACCGGCACCACUCAGAUCUCAAUGUUGAGCUGCAGCCCAACGACACGCCGCGCAUCCUCCUCCUGCCCCCCUCCCUCCUCUCUCCCCCUCUGCCAGGACGACGACUCAAUGAUCUGACACACAGAGAAAGAGAGAGAGAGAGACACACACACAUACACACACUCAUGCCGCCAAACAUACACUUG